CUUUGUUUCUACUCUCUCUCUCUCUCUCCCCCCACCAAUCAAAUUCUAGCAAGAUUUCAAGUGGGUGGGAUGAUGGGUUUGUCUUGAGUUGGGUUUUGGUAUUGGUUUUUUUAUGGGGAAUUGCUGGUUUAGAUGGAAAUGGUCUGUGUACAGAGUAUCAUGCAAUGCCAAACCAGAAUCUCCAAAGAAUGAAAGCCAAACACCAAAAGAAGUCGCGAAGGAUGAUAGUACUAAAUUUCCGUCAAAUCCCGAAGAAGUUGAGGAUUUACGUCGGGAUACGGCUGCAAAUCCAUUGAUAGUGUUCACUUACAGUGAGUUGAAGGUAAUUACAGGGAACUUCAGGAAAGAUAAUGUUUUGGGUGGAGGUGGAUUUGGAAGUGUCUACAAAGGGUUCAUUUCCGAAGGUCUGAGAGAGGGCCUUCAGCGUCUUCAAGUAGCUGUUAAGGUUCACGAUGGCAAUAACAGUCAUCAGGGCCAUAGAGAAUGGCUGGCUGAGGUUAUAUUUCUGGGGCAGCUUUCACAUCCGAAUCUGGUGAAACUGAUUGGUUACUGUUGUGAAGACGAACAUCGGGUACUCAUUUAUGAGUUUAUGGCUCGGGGUAGUGUGGAAAACAAUCUGUUUUCAAGAAUAUUGCUCCCGCUUCCUUGGACUAUCAGAAUGAAGAUUGCGUUUGGAGCUGCGAAAGGUCUCGCUUUCCUCCAUGAAGCUGAAAAACCAGUCAUCUAUCGUGAUUUCAAGACAUCCAAUAUUCUGCUGGACAUGGACUAUAAUGCAAAGCUUUCUGACUUUGGACUUGCAAAAGAUGGACCAGUUGGUGACAAAUCUCAUGUCUCUACUCGCGUUAUGGGCACUUAUGGGUAUGCAGCGCCAGAAUAUAUUAUGACAGGCCAUUUGACAGCCAGGAGCGACGUCUACAGCUUUGGUGUUGUUCUUCUAGAACUACUCACUGGCCGGAAAUCAUUAGACAAGUCUCGUCCGGCUCGGGAGCAGAACCUCACCGAUUGGGCCUUACCAUUGCUCAGCGAGAAGAAAAAACUGCUAAACAUUGUCGACCCGAGAUUGGAAGGUGACUAUCCAAUCAAAGGCGUCCAUAAGGCGGCCAUGUUAGCAUAUCACUGUCUGAACCGUAACCCAAAGGCAAGGCCGCUGAUGAGAGACAUUGUCGACUCUUUGGAGCCUCUUCAGGUGCCUGUGGAAAACCCAAGUGCUGCUGCUUCUGUUUUCUACUGCCAGCAGUGAAGUUGUAUUAAAGGCAAGAUGCUUUCUGUAAGUGAUAUACAGAUACUGCUCUAGAAAUCUUUCCUCCCAUAGCUAACAUAGAGAAUUUUUUUCCUACCAUUCAUUUGCUGUUUAUCUCUUGACAGAGCAUGCAUGGUUGCACCUUGUUAUUUUUUCUUACUUUUUAGCAGUGAUUACUGAUUAGAGUUCGCCGCC